CCGUUGUAUGCUGCAACCUCACUCAUAUUAAACCCCAACCUCUUGAGCAAAACGAAAAUCUUACACAUCUAUUACCCCUCAGUUCUCAUAAGGAACUCAAACAAAGAAAAAUGGCUUCAAGUAUUGGAAUCAUGGAUUCGGCUUACUUCGUUGGCAGAUCUGAGAUCCUUUCAUGGAUCAAUUCCACUCUCCACCUUAAUCUCUCCAAAGUUGAAGAGUCUUGCUCUGGUGCGGUACAGUGCCAGUUGAUGGAUGCGGUUCAUCCAGGAAUGGUGUCCAUGCAUAAGGUCAAUUUCGAUGCGAAAAGCGAAUACGAGAUGAUUCAGAACUAUAAGGUUCUUCAAGAUGUGUUCAACAAGCUCAAGAUCACUAAGCAUAUUGAGGUUAGCAAACUUGUGAAAGGUAGACCACUUGAUAAUUUGGAGUUCAUGCAAUGGAUGAAGUGGUACUGUGAUUCCAUCAACGGAGGAGUUCUACACAAUUAUAACGCUUCAGAAAGGAGAGAAGCCUGCAAAGGAGGGAAAGAAGCUAGUAAGAAAUUUGCAGCUUCUCAAUCUUCAGCCAAGAACUCAGUGGCUACAUCUAGAUCUCAAACCUCUCAGAAUGCAAGAAGAAAUGAAGCCACUGCUUCUAUCAACUCAGCAAAUCAAUCGGCAAAAGCUUCAAGGCCUUCCUCUAGUAAUGGAGCAGCUGUAUAUGAUGAACAGGUAAUUCAUGGAUUACAAUAUGGAUAUGAAUUCCUUCUGUUUAGAACAUCUGAUCUGAUGAUAAGAAUUCCCAUGCAGAUCACAGAGCUGAAACUUUCAAUUGACAGUCUCGAGAAAGAAAGAGACUUUUACUUUGCCAAAUUGAGGGAUAUUGAGAUUCUAUGCCAGAGUCAUGAAAUACAGGACUCCAAUGUUGUAAGAGCGAUAAAGAAGAUUCUGUAUGCUGGGGAAGAUGAUGCAUCAGUAGUGGUAGAAGCUCAAGCGAUGGUAUCCAUGGCUGCCCAAAAGGAAGGUAAGACAACAACUGAAGGGAUUUCUGCCAAUAUGGAAACGCAGAAGAGAAAAAAUAUUCAAAAUCUUGAUGUUGACGCUGUGGGGAUAUCAACAUUGUCUCCUAGGCAGAGAAUUUCUGGUGUUUCUGAUGUUCAUUGCAGUGGUUCACCACUGAUGACUUACUGAUUAUGGAUGGAACUCUUCAACAUUCUUUGAAUUUGAAGAACCACAGGAUUUUGUAGUGUUAAAGCAAUCAUGAAUCAAUUGAUUCAUUUACACUGGUACAUUUUCAUUUUGGGAGUUGGAAGUUUCUGUUUAACAUGGUUUAAACUGUUGUAGAAUGUAUACUCAGACUCUCAGACAAACAAUGAAAGAACAUUUUUCAUUAUUAGAAUAUAUCUUGCUAAACUUUGGGACUU